AUGCGCCUCGCUUUCAUGUUCGCGCUGCUCAUUGCGGUGACUGUCCACGCCAGUGGUGCGUCAAUUUUUUCGGCCAAGGAUCCCAACACUGUGAUCAAGUACGAUGCGUCUCCUGCUGCCACCGAUUUAAUCGACGGGAAUGGCGGACGAAUGCUUCGUCGUGUCGAGAAGUACGAAGACAUC